GUGUUUGAAGGGAGCGCAGCGCGGCGCCGUCCUUGAGCGCGGAGGCCGGAGCCCGAGGAGGCGCAGGAGCCCCGGCAAGAUACCCAGGGAGCGCCCCCCGCCGCCCGGCACGCCGCCGUCCUCCCCAAUGUCCUCGGCCAUCGAGAGGAAGAGCCUGGACCCGUCCGAGGAACCAGUGGAUGAGGUGCUGCAGAUCCCUCCAUCGCUGCUGACAUGCGGUGGCUGCCAGCAGAACAUCGGGGACCGCUACUUCCUGAAAGCCAUCGACCAGUACUGGCAUGAGGACUGCCUCAGCUGCGACCUGUGCGGGUGCCGCCUGGGCGAGGUGGGCCGCCGCCUCUACUACAAGCUGGGCCGGAAGCUGUGCAGGAGAGACUACCUCAGGCUUUUUGGCCAAGACGGUCUCUGCGCUUCCUGCGACAAGCGGAUCCGCGCCUAUGAGAUGACAAUGAGGGUGAAAGACAAAGUGUAUCACCUGGAGUGUUUCAAGUGUGCUGCCUGUCAGAAGCAUUUCUGUGUAGGCGACAGAUACCUUCUCAUCAACUCCGACAUAGUGUGCGAACAGGACAUCUACGAGUGGACUAAGAUCAAUGGAAUGAUCUAGGCUGAAGCCCUGGGCAUGUUGGGGGAGGUGUUCACUCAAGACACUGUCUCUGUGAGGUCUUCACUCUUAGGCACUUUGGGGACUUGAGGGUGGGGUGAGGCAUUUCUUGGGGGAUGGUGGACCCUCACUGGGCACCAAGGCAUAGCAUCCACGUGACAUAACACAGAGCUCAAGACUUCAGCAAAGAAAGGUCAAGCCCUUAGAAAGACCUUACGUUUGUCUGUGGUAACUGACAUGAUUAAUGGAAGGAAGAAACAUUUGGGGGCCAGCAAGCACUGUGCCAACAUGAGGGAAUUUCCCAGAGGGGAGGUGUUGGGUAAAUACUCAGUAGGGCUUUGGCACUUAGGAACUAGAGAUGUGCAGUUAAUGCCUUCCUGGAUUUGGUAACAAGCCUACUCUAAUCACUGUUCUCCACACUAAGAAAGAGAAGGGAGGAGAAUGGCCACCCUCCUUGUCCACCUCCCCAAGACCUUGAGCUUUGGGUACAAGGGAAACUGCAUGGAGACACAUUUCAGUUGGAAACAUAAAGCACAUCUUUUAAACAAACCAAUAUUGAAAGCAACGUUGAUGAACUCCUGCUUUUAGAAACCUUCGUUUUGAGGUGAGGCGUUCCACAGAUUGUUUCUAUACAAAUAUUAAUCUAAAAAAAUUCAAAGUUGUUCAACUAUUUUAUUAUCUUAGAUUAUAUAAAAGUAUUUGUUGCGUGUCGUUAAGAAAAACCCGACUCUGAAGACGGAAUAAAAAAAAAAUGACAGACUGAAA